AUUCGAGACAAGUAAAAGGGUGAAAUUCAUCGGUUACUCGAAAACGGUCGCUUUUUUCGCUUUUUUCGUUUUUCAAACUUUUCAGCCGUACAUUUCACUUUCAAACUUUUUAAAGGGCAUAUUCGUGAUCAGCUCGACGAGCUCUAUUUAACCAUGUAUAACUCGAUAGGAUUCAUUUUUGGCACGGACCUUUUGAAUUAGCGGCACCUUAUAUAGAGCUCAAUAUCGCUAAUAUCUACUUAAUGGCCACAAAGUAAUAUUCAAUAAUUAAGGAAUAUUGAUUUUUAUUUUACAGAAACAAAUGUUCGGAGGUAAUACAUGAAUAUGAAAAAUAAAUGAAAGAGCAAUUAAACGUUGACAUAAAUGUUUAACAUCAUCAUCAUUGUUGUAAGCUGUUGAAACUCACUGAAAUCGAAUUUUCUGGUACAUCAUUCGCUAAUUGUCCCGUCUCAGGUGCAUUGUUCUCUUCUCUGACUUUUUAAUUUGCGUAUAUUUCCAGUCAAAGCUCAAAAAUUUGUAAAAGGAACUUCACAUAUACAAAUCUCACACUACGCUAAAAAACGGAUGCCUUAGGCAUGGAGUAUAUAAUUUUCUUGAUCUUCGCCGCUGGGCGCUCAAGUGCUAGUAUAAGGACAGUUUUAAAGGUGUUGAUCGCGUUAAAAAUUUUUAUCGAAAGCAGACCAUGUGAUAAAACAUGAAACAUCAAUCGUAUUCUCCACUAAGGAACGUAAACAAACUCUUUUCUCCUCAAACCAACUCACGUCUUGUUAUUUUUGCAUUUAGAUAUGGAACAAUGAUGAACAAAACUUUUUCGAGACUGAAAAUAUCCAGAUCUGGACAAAAUCAGUAUAUACAGGGACCGACGUGGACAAAAAAACAGUCUGUCUCAAAAAAUUGGAAAGCGUGAUCUGUGACAGUUUUUUGUGAAAGUAGUUUUAAGUUUGCACAAGACCUAUUUCACUGUCUCUCACUUUUAAAAAAUAUUUUCGGCGAUUUUCUUCAUUUCUAACGCUUUUUUUUGUUUAGAUAUUUGAAAAGCGCAGUUAUACGUACUGCAACGGUUGAGAAAAGCCUUUACGAGUGAUUCCGUAUUCGGCGCGAAAAAUUUGUAUGCCAAAAACAGCGAUUGCCGAGUGCCGUUGGUGCUAAAGAUGCCUAUUUAUUAUUUCAAGAUUUAUGUUAUUUAAGAAAUGGCGGUCAAUCAGUAUGGUUAAUUGGUUUAACAGAAAUAACUCGAACAUUAAUAUUAGAAUUAAUCGAAACAAUUUUGAUGCAUUAUGCGUCUAUAUUUUAUCACCAUGAUGAAUUUCGAUAUUUAUUAAAAGAACGAGUAUCACCAUUAAUAAUUAAAUUAUUUUCACCAGGAAUGACACACAUUGCUAAACGUGAAAAAUUAUCAACAAAUAACGUUCAAAUGGGUAGUGGAAAUUUGUACGAUGGCGCUUAUUUUCCACUAAUAGCACGUCUUCUAAGACUUGUAUGUAUUCUAGUUCGUUUAUAUUUUUCGUUAUUAAUUACUGAAUGUGAAAUAUUUUUAUCAUUAUUAAUCAAAUUAUUAGAACAAGAUAAACCCAUUGGGCAACGUUCAUUAGCCAUCGAAUGUUUAAUGAUUAGUGGGUCUCGCUUGAGCAAAAUGGGUUUCCACUUUGAAAAUUCGAUUUCCACUUUGUUUUUAGCAGGAAAAACAUGGAAAAUGCAGUGGUAA